UAAGGGCCUGUCCUUGGAUCUCCGCUGCCCUUUGGGGUGCCUUCCAGCCCUACCUGUGGGGCCAGGCCGGGGCGGAGGUGAGAGGCCUCUGGCAGGAGCCCAGGGACAGGCAGGCUGAAAGCCGAGCCGCUCACCUGAUCCAGGGGCCCCAGGCCCCACUCCGCACAUGAGCUAGAGCAGCAGCAGCUGCAGCAGCGCGCGGCCCUUCCCAGAGGGUCUCCGGCUGCCGGGUGCCACCAUGCCCAGCCGGGUCGUGCGUUACACCCGCUACAGCCCCCAGCAGCGCCGACGUCGGCUGUUGGCCAGCCGCACUGUCCGCUUCUGCAACGACGUCCUCUUCCUCGACCACAUCCGCCAGGGGGACCUGGAGCAGGUGGGGCGCUUCGUCCGGGCACGGAAGGUGGCUCUGGACACCAUCUACCCCUCAGGCCUGGCCGCCCUGCACCUGGCGGUGCUCUCGGGACGCCUGGAGUGCGUGAAACUGCUGGUCAAGCUCGGGGCCGACAUCCAUCAGCCGGACGCCGCGGGCAGCACGGCCCUGCACACGGCUUGCAGCAGCGGUUCGGAGGACAUAGCCCGGUACCUCAUCUCCCUGGGGGCCGACAGAGAAGCCGCCAACAACGCUGGCCACCGGCCCUCGGACCUCAUUGACCCUGACUGCUCGGAGCUGGUACAGCUACUCGAAGGCACCAGGGUGGACUGAACCCGCGUUCCCGGGGGCCCAGCCCCUGCCCUGCCCCUGCCCCUUCCCCGGCCGGGC